GCCGGCUCGCCCAAAAGCCUGUCGCUACAUCGAUCGCCCAUCACAAACCUUUCCAACAGUCUAGCGACGCCCAAAAUGGCCCAACCAGCGCAGACAGAGAUCGAUGAUCCGCUCUACAAUCUGCGCUUGUCCAUCAAAGCCUCAGCGACACCCGUACUCAGCACCAGCGCCGAACCCACACCUGCCGAUUAUGUCUCCGAAUUGGCACGAGCGACGCACAUCACAUUCAAUGUCGAAGACGCCCAUCGCACAUUCGCCCUCACAUUAGACACGCGCUUUGCGCCCGAUAGCAAGCCGAUCGACCUGCGAAGCUGUUACUUCGCUUGGGCAAACAAAGAUGCGUCCGUCACCGACUACUUCGCGGCUGUGACGACGCUGAACGAGGAGCUGCCGAGUGGCGCGGGUGGAAGCGUACAGAACUUGACGUUCGCGCAGAAGAUCGAAUUGAUUUCGUGGUUGAGCGGAGAGACGGAGAGUAGUGACAGCAUUGCGCCGAUUGACAGCAGCGCCGCAACUGCAGCAGCGGGCGAUGCGGCGGCCAUUGCAGGUGGCAAGGGCGUGCCGGUGGACCGCAACAUGAAGAGUACACAAGCCGGCAUGGUAGACGCGCGACUGCUCCAGAUCUACGAUGGAGAGAGAUCCAUGGGCGACCACAACACCAUCCUGCGCGGAAACAAGCCAAUUGAUUUCUCUCCCUACCGCAAGACUGCUGCGUCCUUCUUCCGCAACCGCCCCGACUCGCACAAGCCCUCUGCGCCUCAGCCGGCUCUCGUCUCGAACCUCACUAAGAAGCCCCACCAGAAGGUACAGCCCAUCAUCCUGCUGUCACCCUCGGCCUCCUCUCUGCUACGCACGUCGAACAUAAAGUCUUUCCUCGACGACGGAAUCUUCAUACCACCCAACGCCGCCGAUACAACCAGCGCAAACAUGAUACAGAUCCGCCGGCCCAUGCCAUCCAUCAGCUCGCAGCCCAUCACCUUUAUCCUGGUCGACAGCACCACCUCCUUCAAGCCCACCUACUGGUCGCGUGUCGUUGCCGUCUUCACUACUGGCCAGACGUGGCAAUUCAAGUCCUACAAAUACCCCAACCCGGCUGAGCUGUUCAGUCACUACCCCGGUGUGUACGUCGGGUGGCAGGGCGAGGACGCCCCUCAAAGUAUUGUCGACUUGGGUCGCGGUGUGCUGAGCACGAAGGUGGAUAAGUGGACUGGCAGUGAGAAGGGGCGGUGGAGGGAUAGGGAGGUUGUCGAGCGCAUCUGGAGUAGGAUUGAGGAGGGGAUGCGUAGGGGUGGGUGGACGCGAGAGGGCCCGGGGCUCGCAGGGCAGCAGCCGAGUAGAUAGUACCAGGAAAAUGGUGCUUUGUUGCGAGGCGUUGGGCGUUGGGAUCGAGGAGCAAUAGCAUUGCAUAUCUCCAAAAGGCGGCGUUGUUUGGGCAGAAUGAACUUCAGAAUCGAACCCCGUUUCACACGAGGAACAGCGAAGUGCCUUUGAGACGUUGAUUGAAAUUGAUU